AUGUCCAUCACCGAGAGGCUGCGGGGCUUCGCCUGCUCCCUGCACACCGGUGUCCCCGGCUGUCGGGACUCGUGCUCCCCCGGAGCUCCGGGCUCCCAGGGCUCCCCGGCCGCCGGGCCUACCGCCCGCUGCCGCUCCCCGUCCCCGUCCCCAGCGCUCCCGGGCGUCCCGCACCGGGCGCUCCCGGUGCCGGCGUUCUGCCAGCCUCGCUCCCCGCUCCGCCCGGGCCCGCAGCCCCCGCCCGGCGCCUCUGCGGCUCCGCUGAGCGCCGUCCCCGCGGCGGGUCUGCCCUGCGGCGGCACCGUGCCCGUCCCGUCCCGUCCCGUCCCGUCCCGCCCGGCCGCUGCCAGCGCCGGGGCCGCGGGGAGCCCGGUGCGGCCGCGGGUCCGCUGUGCUGCGCCGCCGUGGGCGCGCCCCCCCGACACCCCCCUCCCGCCCCCCCGCUCCAUUGUCUGCGCGGCGGAGGCAGAACAAAGCGGCCGGUCCCGGUGCCGGACCGGGCCCCCCGUGCGGCGAUGCCGCCGUGCGGGGCAGCGGGCGGGCGGCGAGCGCGGGCCGGUCCCCGGCGCUGGCACUUACACCGCGCGUCCCUCGCCGGCGGCGCUCGCAUCCCGCAGGGUCCGGCCCCGCCGCGAUGUCCCGCCGCCGCUCCGCUGCUCCGGUGCCGAGAUCGCUCCGGUACCGCCGGCCGCUCCAGCGCCCCGGUACUCCCCGGUGCCGCGGCUGUCCCGGUGCGGCGGUGGCCCCGCGAAGCGCUCGCCGGCGGAUCGGAGCUGGCUCGGCGCGGAGGCUCCUGCUGAAACCCGACCCAGCGCCGCCCUCAGCCCCCCGCUCCCCCCGCCGCCCCCAUCCCCGCCCCGCACCGGAGCGCGCCGGCGGAGCGCGGACCCGGGGCAGCCCCGGGCGGGCGGGGGUCCGGGGGCGGGACGUGACCGCGGGUGGGAGCGAUGCUCCGGGCCCGGGGGCUGGCUCGGACCGGGGUUUGGAGCGGCGCUCCCCAUCGCGGUGCUGGGCGGAGGCGUCAGCGCCGUGCCAUUGUCCCGGCAGGUCCAGGGCACCGGCGGCAGCAGCGCCGUCAGCAAGUGCUCGGCGGCAGCGCGGGGCUACAUCCAGGACCGGUUCCAGCGGCUCCUGGCGGGGCGGCAGCGCCGGCGAGCGCCGCUUAUCCACCGGGGUUAUUACGUCCGUGCCCGUGCUGUAGAUCACUGUGUCCAGGACUUCCUGCUGAAGACACAAAGCCACCCUAGGACACAGGUCCUGUCUUUAGGUGCUGGCUUUGACUCCUUAUACUUCCGUUUGAAGGACAUGGGUCUUCUGCAUCAUACUGUGGUAUAUGAGGUGGAUUUUCCAAGUGUGGUGUGCCAAAAAGCUACUCUGAUCAAAAGAAUGGAAGAGUUGUCAGCACUGGUGGGAGACACUGCAGGGGAAGGAUUAGGAGCCAUUACCUUUUCUGGAGAGGAUUAUAAAUUACUAGGAGUGGAUUUAUCAGAGCUGUCUGAGCUGGAGAGAGCCCUGGAGGAAGUAGGACUGGACAAUGAAAUCCCCACCCUAUUCAUUGCAGAGGUGGUGCUCACCUACAUGGAAAACAGCAGGUCAGAUGCCUUGAUUCAAUGGGCAGCAGAGCGUUUCCCUCGGGCCUGCUUCCUGCUGUAUGAGCAGGUGCACCCAGAGGACCCCUUUGGACGUGUCAUGCAGCAGCAUUUCAGCCAGCUGAACUCUGCACUUCACUCUCUGACACAGUACCCUGACUGUGAGGCACAGCAGAGGCGCUUUUUGGGAAGGGGCUGGACUGAGUGCAGUGUCAUGGAUAUGAAUGAGUUUUUCACCUGCUGUAUUCCAGAAGACGAACAGCAAAGAGUGCAGGCUCUGGAGCCUUUUGAUGAGUAUGAGGAUUGGCAUCUGAAAUGUUCUCAUUACUUUGUGUUGACUGCAUCAAAGGGGAUGGAUCCUUCCUGGACUCCGUUGUUACCCAGUGUGACAGUUCCUCACCAUGCUGGUCCUGUUGGAAUGGCUGGGAGCAUCCCUGCAGCAGUGUGUGCAAGGCUCUCGGGAAUUCCUGGCCUGAGACGUUACGGUCACUGCUCUGUUCUUAUAAAACCCGAUGUGAUUCUCACCACUGGAGGCUUUGGGGAGGAGGAUGGACAACACUGCCGCCUGAGAAAUUUCCAUGUGCUGAGUAAGCAUGCAGGCUGCUGGAAAGCUGACUGUGUGACAAAGAAACAUCCUGAUAAAAGAUGGGGUGAGCGGUUGUAUCACACUGUGUCCUGUGUCUCAGACAGUCUGGCCCUGGUGGUAGGAGGACGAAUGUCCCCAUCAAGUGCAGGCUUGGGAAUGUUGUGGCUAAAGUUCCCUGAAACCUAUAAUGCUUCAGACCCAGAUGACAUUGCAGUGGAGCUUGUAAAUCCGCAGCCUGCUGCUGAACCAGCAACUUUGCGUUGGAGACACAGCACAACUGAAGUGUCAUUCAAAGGUGAGCAGUACCUGUUUGUGUAUGGGGGCCGCUCUGCUCUGGAGCCUGUGCUUGGGGAUUGGUAUUUUCUGCACACUCGAGAACUCUCCAGCACUCUGAUUGCUGUUGAGGGUCCAGUCCCAGAAAGCCGCCACUCUCACAGUGCCUGCAGCUGGGAAGGAGGAGUGCUCAUCGCGGGAGGUCUGGGAGCAGCUGAGCAGCCCUUGGGUUCAGUUUUCCUUCUGAGGGAGCUUGAACAUGGCUUUCGGUGGCAGGCAGUAGAGACACACCCUCCUCUCAUCCCAAGGUAUUCACAUACUGCACAUGUGCAUGAAGGAAAGCUUCUGCUCGUUGGUGGAGUGUGGUUUCACACAUCCUCUGUGCCUGGCAUCACUGUCAUUGACCUAAUGACUGGCCUCUGCUUGGACUAUGUGAUUAAUGUGGAGCAUCUGGAGUGGCCAUUAAUGCUACAUAAUCAUAGCAGUGUCUUUCUGCCAAAUGAGAAGGAGUUGUUGGUUAUUGGUGGUGGUGGGAACUGCUUCUCCUUUGGGACACACCUGAACCCAGAGCCUGUCUCAUUGAGCCUUGACAGCAUCCUGACCAGUCACUGAUUGGGACCAAGCAGGGCUGAACUGUGCUGCAGCGCUGUGGGGAGACACCUGUUCACUUGGAGGUCCAAGGUUUCCACAAGGGCCUUGUAUCCAGAAUGCAUUUGUGAAGGUGGGAUCAGGAGGGCCGGUUUACAACAAGGGGCUCACCAUCCUUUGCUUUGGUGCAGCCCUUCCUAUUGCUGUAAAUAAAGGGCCUCAGAAACGGCUGUUGCAGAGGGUCUUAGAGGUGAAGUGAGGGUCAGACUUUGUUCAAAGUCUGACCUGAAUUCAUAGAACCAUGGAAUGGUUUGGUUUGCAAGGCAGAUCAUCCAGUUCCACACCCCUUCCAUGGGCAUGGACACCAUCCACUAUCCCAGAUUGCUCCAAGUCCUGUCCAACCUGGCCUUGGAGAGUUCCAGGGAUGGGGCAGUGACAGCUUCUCUGGGC